CGGACACCGGAAGUGCUCCAUGCACGGAGGCUGGAAAGUGCGUCACAGCGCAGAGCUGCAGAGAAUAAACCGAGCCUGCUGUCCUGCAUCCAUAUCGCAAGGCUUUUUUUGUUUCUGCAUUUUUGAAUUAAACCUUUUUUUUGCGGCAAUAUGGUGAAGAUUGCUUUUAACCCGGCUUUGGCGCAGAAAGCUCUCGGCAAAGAGCCUGUCGCUGUGAAGGACCCUGAGCUCGGCACAGCUCCAGUGGGCAUCGCGGGUUCCACAGGUCGUUGUCUGGUCACACUGCUGGGCAUCGCCUUCAUCCUCAGUGGACUCAUCGUGGGGGGAGCAUGUCUCUAUCGUUAUUUCACCCCCAAGAGGCUGUAUCACGGAGCCAUGCAGUUCAGUGACGUGUCAGCAGUGGGCGAUGCCGAGAGCCGGCCGUACUAUCUCCCAAGAGUGGAGGAGGAGGUGGAGAUUUCUGACAGUAUGGCCGUCAUCAGUGUCCCUCCGCCCCGCUUCAGGCCCGGAGACCCCGCUUACAUCCUGCAUGACUUCAACAGGAAGCUGACAGCAUAUCUGGACCUGACUCUGAGGACCUGCUUUGUGAUUCCACUCAACACUUCAGUGGUGCUGCCCCCUCAGGAUCUCAUCGACCUCUUCUCACAGCUGAUCUCUGGCUCGUACCGCAGCUACUUGGUGCACGAGGACCUGGUGGUGACCGAGCGUAUUGACGACAUCAAACCUCUGGGCUUCUACAUCCGGCGCCUGUGCAAUGGCAAGGACACCUACAGAAUGGAGCGCCGUGCCAGCCUCCCAGGUGCAGGGAUCCAUAAGCGUUCUGCAGAGGAGUGUUUCACCAUCCAUCACUUUGAAAACAAAUUUGUAACCGAGACACGGAUCUGCAAGGCUUGAAGGGAAGCCGAUCUUGGUGCGAGAGCGUGAGAGAGUUGUCGGGAGGAGGUGGAGGAGGUGGAGGAGGAAGCAACAUUGAGCCGAGGCUCCUGUUUUAUUUGCAUUCCCUGUUUUAACCCUCAGUGACACGUGGAUUUAAGUUCUAGCCUCCUCUGCUACAUUCUCUUAAAGCUGUAUCGGUGGUCUUAGCUGUCAAGUAUUAGCUCGCUAGUCUUGUGCUAACAAACGGCAUAUACUCCUGUUAACUGAGGUUUUACUACGUUUUGUUUCCUCUGUCGUGUUGCCGUAGCUUCCUGCAGAGUGAAUCGGUCGCUUCUGUUUUUCAACAUCUAAUAUUUCAACAGCGUGCGUGUGUUUGGCCUGCGCACAUUCAGAGCAGCUUUGUAAACUCACAAGGAGAUGUACAGAAUUCUGUGACGUGUUAUAUUAUUAUAUGUUUUAGUACAAUAGCACAAAUCACCUUGGAAAUGUCGGUUGCGGUUUUAACUGUCUUUUCAUGGAUGCACAAGUCCUGCUGUAUGAUGUGUAUUUAAUGAUGUCAUACCUGAUGGUGAAGUAUAGCGCCCUAUAUGACCAGUGCUUGUGUUAACCCCCCUUUGUGUCAAAAACCUUCACUUUCAAAGUGGAAUAUUCUCCUAUUUUGUUCAGAUAAUUUCAAUUCUUGUAUCCCCGCCGUCCUCAAAAGGCUUAAUAUAUAAGUUCAUGUAGAUUCACUAUUACUCAAAUGAAUUUUAAAAUGGAAAUAUAUGAAUUUCUGUGUCAAAAAGCAUGCUUAUUGCAGGGCCCUGGACAUAGACUAUUUUCAACGGCGUCACACUGAAAGACAAUCACACAGGAAGUGUGUUUGAAAAUGUUUUUUUCCUCAACUUUGUAACAGAAGCAGCUACAUGAGUAUUAGAUACACAACAAAUACGUGUAAAUAUUUACCUGAUCUCACUUCAAUAAAGUAGAAUUUACCCACUUAA